AUGAACAGGGAAAACCAAAACGAGCCAAGUACGGUUGAUGAAAUACUUCGAGCAAUAGAAGAGAAAGGGGACACUGCGGAAUACAUCUACCGCGGAGAAUCAAAACAUUUUGAGGCAGUUUCUUCAAACCUCUAUCGUGUUUUCCUUGAACGCAAAGACUUUAAUGUGGAGGCAGAACAAUUUGAUAUAGAGGUUGUCCAAAAAGGGAUACUGGAGGAGGCUAAAAAAUAUCUCCGCAGAACGGACAGCGAUUGUGAAUUCCUCGUCGAAAUGCAACACUACGGAGGGAAAACCAACCUCAUCGAUUUCACGACAGAUUGUUUUGUCGCGCUUUUCUUUGCAUGUGAGCAAUUCGCUAGCGAGAAUGGCAGGAUUAUUUGCCAAAGAAAAGAACUGAUAAGUCCAUCCAUCAAGGAACCGCCCGAACCAAUAAACCGUGUCGUCGCCCAGAAAAGUAUAUUUGUUCGGCCGUCCAAGGGCUUUAUCAAUCCUAACGAGGACGAUGUAAUCAAUAUUCCGGCAAACAUCAAAGUGCCCAUGCUGGAACACCUACAAAUGGCUCAUGAUAUAUCUACUGAAACCAUCUACAACGAUAUCCACGGUUUUAUUAGGUAUCAGAAUGACCAUCUGGAAGCCUAUGUAGCGUUUUAUCGGUCUUAA